AUGGCGGUGCUGAGAAGGGAUUUGGAUGCGCUUUUUGCUACUGUUCGUGCUCUUUGCGAUGGAUCGCAGAUGGCGUCUAGUGAUGGAUCAUUAAUCGCGCAGUCGAUUCAAGGGUCAAUUGAACGGUUCUUUGACCAGUGGUACACGGAAUGGGGAGUAUCGAUCGGAAAAGGACCAGAUCGUCGUCUCCCUCCUUACGUCGAAAUUCUCGUCACACAUACCCGAUUAUCUAUCUACGGCGGCGUAAUCAACCAUCCAACAGCACCCCUCGAAGUCCGCCGUUUCUUCCACACAGCAGGUCUCUCAUCCGCCCUCAACGUCAUGCGAGCCGCAAUCCAAGGCGAAUCUCAACUCCAGUCCAUGCCAAACAACACCGCCAUCAUGAUUUCAUUCGCAGCCUGCUUCGCCCUAACACUAAGUUCCUACGCAACCGGUGGCUCAGCCCUCGCCCCAAGCGUCCGCAACCUCAUCGAUGAAACUGCCACGGUUCUCGAAAGGAUCGGAAAAGUCACACGGCAUCGCAAUGGUCUUUCUAUCAAGUAUGGGAAAUAUCUCAAGCAGAUCGUGAGAAGGGCUGCUACCGGAGACGGUAUAUCGGACCCGAGAAUGCCAAUUGUGAAUGAAGCGCCUAUUACGACUCCGACGUUUUUGGAUCAGCAAGCUUUAUGGCCUGAACCGUUACAGUUCUCAGCUAUGUCUGAUGAUCAGAUCGUCCAAGCGCUGAAUCAGCCAGGAAACGAUUUUGAACCUUCGUUUGGCGGAUUAUCUUGGGAGGACAUGACGAAUUUCGAAUGGCUUUACUGGCCUGAAGUUGGUAUAUAA